GGCAUUGACGCUCGAAAACGUCAAGCAAAACCUGAAAUACAUGGGAUAUACAAAUACGUACACUCCUAAAGCCAACUAGAACUGAGCUCAAAUCUGAUAGCCUUCUUUGGCAGAUGCAGAAACAAUGGAGAUGGAAGAUGAAGCUCUGUGCUUGCAAUCUUGAAUGAUGCGUUCCGUACAGGAAACUCUUUUGAUGUGGAUUGUCUGCGUGAGUAUCCCCCAGGCGCGUACAAUAGCCAAGAUCAAAUUGGAAAGCAACAACACAUCCGUCUUGAAAAGUGAAAGGUUGGCUUUAAAGGAGACCACUUCCAAAUUUCCCCCUUCUUUCAGCCUGACAGAGCCUUGUCCUCAACACCGAGACUCCAACCCAAAUCCUCGAUGUUUGUCGGUCAGUAUCCGAUUUCUGCGGCAAGAGACUUGCGUGUUUGCCGUCGAAAGGUUGUCGGAAUGUCGAAAGUAGAAUGUUGUUGGUCGUCUGUUUCGAGGAUGUGUCGUGUCGUGUCGAAGGAUGAGCUGUGAGCUGCAGCAGCUU